ACGUCGUUCUAAUUAAAGAUGAGACGAAAAUCCCCAGCUGCACUGAAGUGAACAAGAACCAGUGCUUCGAAAUCUGCACACCACAUAUCGCGAAUGGCGCUCUCGUCGUCGGCACCGUCACAGAAAGGAAUAGUCAUCACAGUUCCGAUGCUAGUGCUCUCCGUCUCCGUCGCAGCCAUUUUCUUCUUCUUCCUCUUCUCUUCUCUCUCCUCCCCCUCCACGCCCUGCUUUUGCCCCACCCCUCCGAAUUCUCCCUCCACCACCACCGUUUCAGUUCCUGGAAUCGGCGUGGCGAGCGGCGGCGCUGGAUUGGCCGGAAAUCCGGCGAUUUCGCCUUCCAGUGAGGAUAUAGAGUGGGUGAAGGAUCAGAUCCGAGUGAAUGGUUUGCAUAUGCAGGAGAAUGUGCUCCGUAAGGGCAUUAACCCUCGCACGCGUGCUCAGCAACUGGAAGAUCUGAAUAAUUUUAAAGGCAUAUCACACUAUGAAGGAUCUGAGGCAAACAACCACACAGUGCUCCCAUGCCCGGGUGAGCUCCUUGUUGAAGAGCACCACAGCAACUAUGGGGAGCCUUGGGCAGGGGGCAGAGAUGUGUUUGAGUUCCUUGCCGAGUCUGUCCACCUAACACCUGAGUCACGGGUUCUUGAAAUUGGGUGUGGAACACUCCGUGUUGGUUUGCAUUUUAUUCGCUAUCUCAAUCCUGAGCAUUAUUAUUGUCUUGAGAGAGAUGAGCUCUCUCUCAUGGCUGCAUUUCGUUAUGAGCUUCCUUCCCAAGGGCUCCUAUCUAAGCGCCCUCUAAUUGUCCGAGGUGAGGACAUGGAUUUCACUAGGUUUGGUUCAGGGGUUGUGUAUGACCUGAUAUAUGCUAGUGCUGUCUUUCUUCAUAUGCCUGAUCAACUUGUGUGGGUUGGACUGGAGAGGUUGGCAAAUAAGUUGAAACCUUAUGAUGGGCGCAUAUUUGUUUCCCAUAACAUAAAGUUCUGUUCACGAUUGGGUGGGGAGGAAUGCACGAAGAGACUUAAAAGUUUAGGGCUCGAGCAUCUUGGAAAGCAUACUCAUGACAGCUUACUGUUCAAUCACUAUGAGAUUUGGUUUGAGUUUAGGCGGUCUAAAGCUUAGGUGUUUGUGUAUUCUGGUAGACUUAUUGGACUCAGUAUUUGCAAUUCAGAAGCAUGAAGCUGCUAAGCACUCAGUAAGAUCACCUGUGACGCAUUGAACCGUUCCUUAACAUUUUUGUAAGUUCAAUCUUCAAGUUCCCCACUGAUUCAGAAACUGUCAUUUUACAGAUAUUUAUCUCAAAGGAUCAUUCUAUAUAUCUAUAUAUUAAGUGUGUCAGGAUCUUGUAUUCUUUUCCUAUACAAGAGGAACGUCUGUAACUUUAUUGUAGAUCAGCUGAUGUUGCAGUCAAAAUCAAGCAACAAAGUUCUAUACAUUUUUUUUUUUUGGCUGUGAAAUUGUGUAGUAGCUAGUUGGAAAUUUGAGACACUAGUUAUGAGCAUUCUUUUGUAGCUGAAUUCUGUUGUUAACUUGUUGCUGCUUGAAACUGUAAUGUUAAUGCUUCAUUCUUUACUACACCGAGAAAUACAUGAAUUGAUUUUGU